GUUUCUUCAAGCCCGGAUCAGAACACGGAGGGCCCACUUGUCAGCUCAAGCUAGACUCCUCUGCCGAGAUCAGAGAAGGGGAACCGACGCAGCCUGCGAUCUCUCCGCCACAUCGGAUCUCGAUCUCCGUCGCCGGCCGCCGCCUUCUCCGUCGCCGGUCGGCCAUCCCGCCAUGAAUUAUAUCAUUGGAGCAUUCAAGCCGCCCUGCGACAUCUCGAUCAUAUUUGGCGAAGCAAGAAACAGGAAGCAGGUUUCAGUUAAGAAGGACAAUGGGAAGACAAUGAUGGUUCCUGUUUUCCAGAGCAUGGAAACGAUAUCUGGAGAGGUGUCAAUAGCACCUGUCCCAGGUAAAAGGAUUGAACACAUGGGUGUCAAGAUCGAAUUGCUGGGUCAAAUUGAGCUCUAUUUUGACCGAGGAAACUUCUAUGACUUCACUUCAUUAGUGCGUGAGUUGGAAAUUCCUGGUGAAAUCUAUGAAAAGAAGACAUAUCCAUUUGAGUUUUCUUCUGUUGAAAUGCCAUACGAGUCUUACAACGGAACAAACGUCAGACUAAGGUACAUUUUGAAGGUGACAAUUGGUCGAAACUAUGUUGGCAAUAUUGUGGAAUACCGGGAUUUCUGUGUAAGGAACUACACUCCUGCCCCUACAAUCAAUAACAGCAUUAAGAUGGAAGUAGGAAUUGAGGAUUGCUUACAUAUCGAGUUUGAAUACAGCAAAAGCAAGUACCAUCUGACUGAUGUCAUCAUAGGGAAGAUAUAUUUUCUUCUUGUCAGAAUAAAGAUAAAAAACAUGGAACUGGAGAUCCGUCGUAGGGAAUCAACUGGAUCAGGCUCUAAUACAUAUGUUGAAACUGAGACCCUUGCAAAAUUUGAAUUGAUGGAUGGUGCUCCAGUCAGAGGAGAGUCAAUUCCAGUUAGGCUCUUCUUGACACCAUACGAGCUGACCCCAACUUACCGCAAUAUAAACAACAAAUUCAGCGUCAAAUACUACCUAAAUCUAGUCCUUGUGGACGAGGAAGAUAGGAGGUACUUCAAGCAGCAGGAGAUCACAAUCUAUCGUCUUCUAGACAGCCCCCAAGCUUCCUAGGUUCCGUCUUGAGCAGUAAGAUGUUGAGCAGUUGAGCUUCCCGGUUGUACAAGUGAGCGCUGAGGUUAGAUUGAUCCUUGCAUGUAUAUAACUCCAGAAGAGUGCCGCAGCUUAUUAGUGCCAUUUAGGCUGCACUUCGAACUGCACAACUGUUUUUUUCCUACCCCUUCCUGUUGUCCUUUGUUAUGGUACAACCUUGAUUAGGAAGGGUAGGAUACUUGUGAACUAUCCGUAGGUUUGUUCUCUUUCUGACAAGACAUCUAGCAAAGAGCAUGUUUGUUGACAUGCUUCAGAGUCUUGAGCUCCUAGUUAAUUUAUGUUCAAUAUAUUUUUUACUUCCUCUAUGUCAACAUUUAGGUCGUUUUAGAAUCCUUUCCUUAGUUUCUCUGAGUAAAUUUCUGUAUGUCUCUAUCCAUCUCUGAGUAUAGAAUUGUCAUUGUAUUAAUUUUGAUAUAUGUCUCAGAGGAAGAUCUUACUUU